UCGUUUGCGAAGCCUCGAUAUACAAGGGCGGUACCGUCUCCAAAUCCUCAAUUUCAGAAAGGGCCUGAGCGGAGCGGCGACCGAGCGAGCGAGCGAGAGGAAGAGAGGUAAGAGAACUAAGAGAGGGGAAGACCUCUGUAUUUAGGGUUUUCAAAAUCCCGCAGGUAUUUCGAAAAAGGGGCCAGAGAGUGUGAGAGAUUUAGAGAGACGAGAGAGAUAUAUAUUUGUGUGAGAGAUUUAGGGUUUCUCGCUUCCGUUUUGUUACAGCGAAGCCUUCUCCAAAUUUAUCAUGGACCGUAAGCUUGUGGUUCUGGGUAUUCCUUGGGAUGUGGAUACGGAGGGGCUGAGAGAUUAUAUGAGCAAAUUUGGGGAAUUGGAGGAUUGCAUUGUCAUGAAGGAGAGGUCAACUGGCCGAUCUCGUGGUUUUGGUUAUGUAACAUUUGCAUCAGUUGAAGAUGCUAAGAACGCAUUGUCAGGCGAGCACUUUCUUGGAAACCGAAUGCUGGAAGUUAAAGUGGCUACCCCGAAGGAGGAAAUGAGAGCACCUGCAAAGAAAGUUACCCGGAUAUUUGUUGCUAGAAUCCCACAAUCUGUGACAGAAGAAACCUUUCGAAGUCAUUUUGAGCAAUAUGGCGAUAUAACAGAUUUGUACAUGCCCAAGGAUCAAGGCUCAAAAAUUCAUCGUGGAAUUGGCUUUAUCACCUUUGCAAGUGCAGAUUCUGUGGACAAUUUGAUGGCCGAAACUCAUGAAUUGGGUGGUUCUACUGUAGUUGUUGAUCGAGCAACACCAAAGGAAGAUGACUUCAGGCCAAUGGGCAGAACGGCACAGGGUGGAUAUGGUGCAUACAAUGCUUAUAUUUCUGCAGCAACUAGAUAUGCAGCCCUUGGUGCUCCUACUUUAUAUGAUCAUCCCGGCUCAGUUUAUGGGAGGGGUGAGUCCAGUCGAGGAAUGGGCAAGAAGAUUUUUGUCGGGAGGCUUCCUCAGGAGGCAAGCUCUGAAGAUCUCCGCCAGUAUUUUGGUAGAUUUGGCCGUAUAUUAGAUGUCUAUGUUCCAAGGGACCCUAAGAGGACUGGCCACCGAGGUUUUGGUUUUGUAACUUUUGCCGAUGAUGGUGUAGCAGAUCGUGUAUCUCGAAGACCUCAUGAGAUCUGCGGACAUCAGGUUGCGAUAGAUUCAGCCACACCUCUUGAUGAUGCUGGUCCUCCCAGUGGAAGUUUUAUGAUGAAUCCUGCGGAAUCCUUUGGUGGGUAUGGUGGUCCAAUGCGAACCUAUGGCAGGAUGUAUGGAAGCCUGGAUUUUGAUGAUUGGGGUUAUGGAAUCGGCAGUGGGGGGAGACCAUCAAGAGCAGAUUGGAGGUACAGGCCAUACUAAAGAGUCUUGGCCUCUGGGGGGACGUGAAAUUGCGUCUGAUGAUGACAUAUAGGGAUGUCAGAAAGAAUGUAUUGCAGUCUAUUAACUAUCACUUAAAAUUUAUUGGUAGGAUGGCGUUUUGAUACUCGGUUCCCAACUCAAACAGUUCAAUAAGUCUUGUUUCAGUCAGAGGUUGGAAACAUUAUUAGUGAGUUAGUCUGUUAUUUGAUGCAUUGAGCCAUUAUUGUGCUGCCAUAUGGCUUUGUUUUCAUAA